ACACACGACAUCAAAGGCAGCGUCCGAAAUAAGCCGCGGCCGUUUCGCCUGGGCCUCGAUCCGUCCGCAGCACGCCGCCGCGACACGACCAUCUCCCCUCACUCUGCCGCGCUCCCCCGGCUCGAGUCAAUCCCCCCAUGGCGGCUGCGACGGCGGCGGCGGUUCCCGCCGCCACGGCGGCGGAGGAGGAGGCGCGGUUGCUGCGCCUGGAGGAGCAGGCGGAGCACGGCGGCGGCGGCGCCUGGGAGUACCUCUGCCUCGCCCGCCGCCUCCGCGCGCGCCGCCCCGCCCACGUCCUCCGCGUCGGCCUCGCCCUCCUCAACGACGCCUCCGCGCGCUCCCGCCUCGGCUCAGAACAGUGGACGCUUUAUGAGCAGGUUGCCGUGGCAGCCAUGGAUUGCCAGCGUCUCGAUGUGGCAAAGGACUGUAUUGGAGUCCUCUCAAAGCAAUUUCCUGGGAGCACCCGAGUUGCCCGGCUAGAAGCUCUUCUAUUUGAAGCGAAGGGUGAAUGGGCAGAAGCUGAAAGAGCCUACGCGCUAAUCCUGGAAAACAAUCCAUUUGAUCAGAUUGUUCACAAGAGGAAAAUUGCCAUUGCAAAAGCACAAGGUGAUAUGUCGUUAGCGGUUGAUUAUCUCAAUAAGUAUCUGGAAUUAUUUAUGGCAGAUCAUGAUGCCUGGAGAGAACUUGCUGAAACAUAUGUUUCCUUACAAAUGUACAAGCAAGCUGCCUUUUGUUAUGAGGAGCUAAUAUUAGCCCACCCAACCAUUCCACUUUAUCAUAUAGCCUAUGCUGAGGUUCUGUACACUAUGGGUGGCUUGGAAAAUCUUCAGACAGCUAAGAAGUAUUAUGCAUCAACGAUCCAGUUAACUGGAGGCAAGAAUACAAGAGCCCUCUUUGGUGUAUGUCUGUGUACUUCGGCAAUCAAUCAGUUGACCAAAGGAAGGAACAAGGAGGAAGAGGGCUCAGAGCUGCAGAGCUUGGCUGCAAAAGCACUGUUGAAGAACUACAAGGAAAAGGCUCCAUCAAAGGUGCCCCUUAUCAGCAGCAUGUUGAAGAACAUGAAACUCUCCUGAUCCCAACUAGCUUCACACAUCGACAGUGGCCUCGUUGACAGAUAAUUAAAUUGAUGCCAGCAUAAUGCUUGUUUUUUUUUAUGGCACCAACAUUGCAAAGGUUAAAAUUAGAUGAUCCCAUGGCCAUGGGUUGUACAAUACCUGUUUGUUUACCGAGAAAUAUACAUGGCUUCUUUUUCAAUCGAUGUUCUACUAUAGAUCAAUAAACCUCUAUUGUAUUUCAGCACAAACAAAAUUUUGAAUCAGUCGUCGGAGAAGCUGUAGCUGCUGAUUUUGAUUGGUAUGUAACAGUUGUAGUCACGUAGAUGAAACCUGAUCCUGGGUAUCUUAGUUUUCUCUUCUGUUGUGUUUC